GAAGGCAGGAGUGGGUCGCGGGCCACCGCAGCGUUCGUCGCCCAGCCUGCCCGCCUGCCGGCCGUGACAGGAGGCAGCGCGCUGUCUGCCUGCAUCAUGUGGCGGCUGCUGGCCGCUCUCGCGCUCUGCGCGCUCGUCCGGACGCAGCGCGCGCCCGCAGUCGAGUACAAGAACGCACAGAGCCCCUGCUACGACGCUCAGGGUCGCAGCCAGCGAUGUCAGCCGGUGUUCAUGAACGCGGCGUUCGGCCGGCGCGUGCACGCCACGAACACGUGCGGCCAGGACCGGUCCACCAACUUCUGCGGCAUCACCGAUAAGGUGUGCGAUGUCUGCGCAGCCGGCGACCCGUACAGGAAACACCCGCCCACGUUCCUCACCGACUACAACAACUUUGAGAACGAGACCUGGUGGCAGUCGGACACCAUGAUGGAGGACAUCCAGUACCCGAACCAGGUCAACCUGACGCUGGAGCUGGGGAAGGCUUUUGAUAUCACAUACGUUCAGCUAAAGUUCAAGUCGCCGAGGCCGGAGAGUUUUGCCAUUUACAAGAAGUCUGCGGCAGGCGAAGAAUGGGAGCCGUACCAGUACUACAGCUCCUCCUGCCGGGACACAUAUGGCCUGCCGGACCUGGUGUAUCUGCCGGAGGGGAACGAGGACCGAGCCGUGUGCACCAGCGAGUUCUCCGACAUCUCGCCGCUGACAGACGGCUCGGUGGCGUUCGCUACGCUCGAGGGACGGCCGGGAGCAUUGCAGUUCGACUACAACCGCCAGCUGCAGCAGUGGGUCACCGCCACCGCCAUACGCAUCACGCUGAACCGGCUGAACACGUUCGGAGACGAGGUGUUCCGCGACCCGCGCGUCUUGCAGUCAUACUACUACGCCAUCUCCGACCUCGCCAUCGGAGGCACGUGCAAGUGUAACGGCCACGCGUCCAACUGCGUGCCGAGCUCGAGCGAGUCGGGCGAGGAGCGGCUCGUGUGCCAGUGCCAGCACAACACGGCCGGCGCCGACUGCGAGCGCUGCCUGCCCUUCUACAACGACGUGCCGUGGCAGCGCGCCACGCCCGACGACCCCAGCGAGUGCAAGGCAUGCAACUGCAACGGCUACUCGAACCGAUGCUUCUUCGACAAGGAGCUGUUCGACCAGACGGGCCACGGCGGCCACUGCACCGACUGCGUGGCCAACCGAGACGGUGUGAACUGCGAGCGGUGCCAAGAGAACCACUACGAAAGGGAGGAUGGCUACUGCAUCCCCUGCGCCUGCAGCCCAGAAGGGUCGCGCAGCCUGCAGUGUAAUAUCAACGGCAAGUGCUCCUGUAAGCCGGGCGUGGGAGGCGACAAGUGUGACCGGUGCGAGAACAACUUCUACGACUUCUCGCAGCAGGGGUGCCGCGAGUGCAACUGCUACCCGCCCGGCUCGCUGGACAACGAGCCUUCCUGCGAGACCACCUCUGGCGUCUGCCGCUGCAAGGAGAACGUCGAGGGACAGAUGUGCGACCGCUGCAAGCCGGGUUUCUUCUCAAUCAGCGAGGAGAACCAGUUCGGCUGCACGCCGUGCUUCUGCUACGGCCACAGCUCCAUCUGCGACGCGGCCACGGGCUACUCAGAGGUGGUGUCGCAGACAGAGUUCGUGCGCAGUGAUGAGGGCUGGAUGGCUUCCACCUACUACGGCGACCCCGUAGCGCACGCCUACAAGCCGCUGGUGCAGCAGAUCGCCGUCAGCGCGCCGGGUCGAGAAGCCGUCUACUUCAGCGCCCCUGAUCGUUUCCUGGGUGACCAGCGGUCCAGCUACAACCAAGACAUGCUGUUCACGCUGCGGAUCGGCGAGUACGGUCCGGAGGCGUCCGUGCGAGACGUGGUGCUGCAGGGAGCUGGCAUGGAGAUCUCUCAGCCCAUUUUCGGCCAGGAGAACGCGCUACCGGACCAGAAGAGUCAAGAGUAUACGUUCCGACUGCACGAGGACUCGCAGUUUGGCUGGAGUCCGCGCCUGCGCGCGCGCGACUUCAUCUCCCUGCUCAGCAACAUCACGGCCAUCAAGAUCCGCGGCACCUACACCUCAGAGGGCAUUGGCUUCCUGGAAGAUUUCUCGAUGGUUUCUGCCCGGCGAGGUGUUCGGGGAAGAGAGGCCACCUGGGUGGAGACCUGCACCUGCCCGCCGGGGUACGUGGGCCAGUUUUGUGAGUCUUGCGAGCCCGGCUUCCGCCACGAGCCCGCCAACGGUGGCGCGUUCGCCCGCUGCGUGGCCUGCGACUGCAACGGCCACGCCGACAUCUGCGACGCGGAGAGCGGAAAGUGCAUCUGCCGGGACAACACGGCUGGGGACAACUGUGAGCUGUGCGCCCGCGGGUUCUACGGCAACGCGCUGGGUGGCGAGCCGGACGACUGCAAGCCGUGUCCGUGCCCGGGCCAGGGCGCCUGCAUCGAGCUGUACGAGGACACGGUCGCCUGCCUCGAGUGUCCCACCGGAUACACCGGUCACAAGUGCGACAUCUGCAUCGACGGCUGGUUCGGCGAGCCCGACAACGAGAUGCCGUGCCGAGAGUGCGACUGCAACGGCAACGUUGACCCCAACGCCGUCGGCAACUGCAACCGCACCAGCGGCGAGUGCCUCAAGUGCAUCCACGACACGGCCGGCUUCAGCUGCGACCGCUGCCUGCCGGGCUACUUCGGCGACCCUCUGGCGCUACCCAAGGGUGACUGCCGCACUUGCGGAUGUAACCCGGUGGGCACCGCGCAGCUGGAGGAUGAGCCGGAGGGGCCGUACCUCUGCGACCAGCUGUCCGGACAGUGCCAGUGCAAGGCGUUCGUGGCCGGCGAGAAGUGCGAACGCUGCGUGAACGGCUACUGGAACAUCCUCAGCGGCCAGGGCUGCGAGGAGUGCGACUGCGACCCGGUCGGCUCGUUCAACACCAGCUGCGACAUCAGCAGCGGCCAGUGCUUCUGCCGAGAGGGCGUGGUGGGCCGCAAGUGUGACCAGUGCGCCGUCAACAUGUUCGGCUUCUCGCGCGAGGGCUGCCUGCCGUGCACCUGCGACCCGAUCGGCUCCCUGGAGCUGCAGUGCGCCCCCGAUGGCCAGUGCCCGUGCCGAGAGAACGUCGAGGGGAUACACUGUGACCGCUGCAAGGAGAACAAGUAUGACCGCCAGGCCGGCUGCCGAGGUAGGUCCCUGGGGGCAUCCACACACUGCAUGCGAUCACGCCGCAGUAACCAUGCCACCGUCGGGCACCCAGGCGCAGAGACUGGGCUGUCGGUGCUGCAGGUGGACGCCGAAGCGAGCCCCGUGAGGCUGGAAUCGACUGUAGCUGGUUACUGGUUGAGAGCCGCGGCGCGCACGGCUGCCGUCUCGCGGCCCCUCCAGACGGCACCGCUGCACGCCGCGCCCCACUCGGGCCCGCUCAAGCCGUCAGUUCGACCUGACGGGAAUGUGGAGCAUUUUAUUGGGACGGGGAGAAUGCGUCGUCUAGGCGGCCGGGAAACCAGUCAUGGGAUUAAGCGAGCUUCAGAACGCUUUGGAUCACUGAUGGACCGCCAGGAAUCUGAUCGAAUUAACACGGGCUCAUUGAAUGACAUUUUAGAGCCAGUCUCAAAACCAAGGGCCAAGUCAGUCUCAAAGGUAGCCUCCACCGCGGACGAUAAUUACGCAUUGUGAAUUGAAUAGAAAGGGAAGUAACUUCUGGAGGGCUCUUCUUUAUUCCCUAAGCAUCUGAUCGGAUUGAGUUGGAUGUUGCUCGGAACGUCACACCGGCAUCACGAGGUGA